AUGGCGUCGCCGCGCCUGAAGAGGGAGCAGUCGUUCGACUUCGAGGAGUCCAGCUCGCAGGAAGCCAUGGGAUCUGCCGCCUCGGCGUCGUACAGCCCUCCCGGAGGCGUCUUCGGCAUCUCGCCGACGCCGGAGUCGUCGCCGCGCGACGGCCGGAAGAGAAGGAAGGAUAGACCUUCAUGGGUGAAACAUACGUUCACGCCUCAUUUUGAUGGUCAUUUGUGGCGCAAAUACGGCCAGAAGAACAUCAAGGACUCUGCCUUCCCUAGGCUAUAUUACAGGUGUUCUUACCGCGAGGACAAACAGUGCCUCGCCUCCAAGCUGGUGCAGCAGGAGAACGACGACGACCCGCCACUGUACAAGGUCACCUACACGUACGAGCACACGUGCAACACCACGCCCGUCCCGACUCCCGACGUCGUGGCCGAGCAGCCGGCGCCGGCGCCGGGCGACGCAUACCUGCUCAGGUUCGGAUCCUCCUCCGCCGCCGCCGCCGGCGGCCACGGCGACGCGCAGCAGGUGGACCGAGAACAGCAGCAGCAGCGUGGUGCAGCCAGAAGGCCAUUCAUGAUGCUGAGCUUCGAUUCGAGUAGCCACCGUCUGCACCACGAGCAGCCACCUGCGUUCCCUCCCAACCACCAGCUGCCGGCGGCAGCGUCGUCGUCGCCGUCGUUCACAGCCGAGGCGCUGCCGCCACCGGCGCCGCCGCCCACGGCGAUGCACGACGUCGACGGAGGCGACCUGUUCUCGACGUGGGACUCUUUCCGGUAUGGUUUGGACGAUGGACAUGGGCACCUUGGCAGCCAUGUUUAUCUCCCUGAUGAUUGUAGCGGUGGCGAUGAUAAUUACUGA